UCCCGCCCUCUGGCGUCCAGUUACGGAGGUGCUGGCUGGAGUUAGCUGCGGGUACCCUGGUUUCAGUCGGUAACCCCGGCUCGGCGGAGCCUCAGUCGCAGCAGCGUCCGCACGGGUGAGCGGUGCAGGGAUCGGCGGUGCGGCGGAGGGCGCUAUCCGCGUCCCUGCGCCGCGACUCUGCUCGGGACGGAGCGCUCCGGCCGAAGCUUCGGGGGCCUGAGACGAGCGAGGCCCUUGGGGUUAGGGUCUGAGGCUUGGGCUCUGCCUGGGCCGCGCGGACCCAGACGUGAGUGAGGCGGCCCUGGGAGCAUGAGCGGGCAGCGCGUGGACGUCAAGGUGGUUAUGCUGGGCAAGGAAUACGUGGGCAAGACAAGCCUGGUGGAGCGAUACGUGCACGACCGCUUCUUGGUGGGCCCAUAUCAGAACACCAUUGGGGCUGCCUUCGUGGCCAAGGUGAUGUGCGUUGGAGACCGGACGGUGACUCUGGGUAUUUGGGACACAGCAGGAUCAGAGCGCUACGAAGCCAUGAGUAGAAUCUAUUAUCGGGGCGCCAAAGCUGCCAUUGUUUGUUAUGACCUCACUGACAGCAGCAGUUUUGAGAGAGCCAAAUUCUGGGUGAAGGAGCUGCGCAGUUUAGAAGAGGGCUGUCAAAUCUACCUGUGUGGCACUAAGAGUGACCUGCUGGAGGAAGACAGGCGGCGCCGUCGUGUAGACUUCCACGAUGUCCAAGAUUAUGCAGAUAAUAUCAAAGCCCAGCUCUUUGAAACAUCCAGCAAGACAGGCCAGAGUGUGGACGAGCUCUUCCAGAAAGUGGCAGAGGAUUACGUCAGUGUGGCUGCUUUCCAGGUGAUGACAGGUGCUGUACUCACCCAACUUCCACACUCACCUACAUACAUAAGGCAGCAGCACCACAGCCUGGAGACCACCUACUCUGUCCACCCUGGAAUGAGAACACCAGGACCCUCCUUGGUUUCUACUCUGCUCACCUGUCAAAACUGCUAAGUUCCCCAGAGCUACUCCUGGAGCCCCUCAUAGUCUGACGUUCUGAAAGUCACAGGAAGGCUACUCUAGGGUAAAGACCACAAAAGAGUUUUUGUUUUGCUUAUGUUGGUAAGAAAACAUCUCUUUUGAGGUUGUAGUUGUCUAAAUAAAAUAAACUCUCCCAACGUUCCUAAGAGACAUUGCCCUUAUUCAUAAGCAAUUGAGAUGCUGCCACGAGAGGGGAAGAGGUAGAGAAGCAGAAGGUAGUGGAUAUCCCACACCCACGGUUCUCUUCUAACCUGUCCUAGGCAGGAUGGGACUAAGGUGACCCUAGCCCCGAGAAACUCAGGGGCCAUCUGGAUUUGGGAUCAUCUCUUCACCUCUGGAUCGUACUAAAAACUCCAGGGUUGGGUUGGCAGGCAUCAAUGACACUGCCGCCUAUCUCUCAAAGAGCUGAAAGGAACCUACAUAAAUUAUCUUCCCAAAUGGGAACCGGGGUUUCUCAUGUCAUCACUUCCUCAACCCUUGGCAGUGCUUACUUAUACCAUGAGAUUAGCACCAUCAUUACAUUGUUUUGUGUACAUAGCAAUUAUUUGUAUUUCAAUUUACACUAUAGAACUGCACUGACCUAGGAAGCUCAGCUGAAAACAAACUGGUCAUAGCCAAUCAAAGCUCCCGCAGAAGCUACCUAGGUCUAAAUGACUUGGGAUACUUUUAACAUUAAUCACUCAAUUUUAACAGCAGGAAAUUCCUGCUGCUGUUCAUGUCCUCUGUUCUAGGAGGUGAGGACACUGGGCCUUUUUUCAUUCAAUGACAACACCCCCAAGAAGAUAACAAUAUCCUGACAAGUUUUAGAAAACUUAAUUUUUUGGAGCCGGGGCAAGACCCAUCUGAUUGAAUGCUCUCCUGAUUGCCCUGCAUGGACAACCUAGACCUAUCCUUCCUGUCAGUUGUGGAACAACACUGGAAUACAAUCUUAAAGUUCAGCUUCAGUGAACUGACAGUGCAGAGCCACGAAGGCUCACUACUACUGCACUUCAAGCCCAGACCAUACGUGUGGGGUAGAGGAUAUGAAUACCAAAGAUGCAGAAUUCGUUAAAAAACUUGACACAGUUAUGUAAAUAAUUUCAAACUCAGUAAUUUUAGGAAAGCAGACAUCUAAAAAUACUGGGGGGGGGGUGUAAAUGGUGGCUAUCUUCUAUUAAAAUGGGUUGGCUCCAACAGGAAGAACAAAUGAAGUUUUGAAUGCAAAUUUCAAUUUCCCCCCCUUUCCCCUCUAAACAAGUGUAGUCACUACCUAGGAGCAUUUCUGCCUUUGGCUUGUCCCUGGAAAGAACUUUCUGGGUGCUGUCUCACAGGUAGACUCUCUGGCAAUCCAAAUUUCAAGCACUCAGCCAAAUGUCAAUGCCAAAAUACCACCUGUCCAUUGACCAGAAGUUUCUAAUAAGAUUUUCUGUGCUGCCAAUUCACACCCUCAAAGAAAGGGUUAUUACAGGAUUCAAACGCAGCCCAGAAGAACUGCAAGGUCACCCUCUUCCCACCUUCACACUCAAGUCCCUGCUCCCUAAGCACUUGUUACUGAAGGACAGUAACCAAUACCCAAUUUUAACACGACUCAUGCUGUUAGCUGUGGGUCUCGCUCAAAUGUCUCAACAACCUGAGAGUCUUUCAGUGACCCUGGACAAAACGUGCCUGUCAUUAGAAGGGUUGUUUCUCACCCAUGCCCCUCAAUCCCUCCACACCACAAGUACACAACUCAGAUGUUUUCGCGGCAGGUCUGGAAGGAAGGCUCCAAAGAAUGG